AUGGACUGUGCAAAGACGCAUGGUGCUGUGCUGGCUUGCACAGAUGGAGCAGUUCUUCCCGUCAGUCAAGUCUUUGAGGCAAUUAGAGAACUUGGCAAUGAAGGGGUUCAGCAAUCGGAUCCUCUAGUUCUUACAUCCGCCUCACUCUUAAGUAACUUGCCGGUGGAGUCCUCCUCUGUUGAUUCUGUGAUUUUAAUUUGGCUGUCAAUUGAUUGUCCUGUGGACAAACUGAUUCAAGAAAUUCUUAGAGUGUUAAAAGUAGGUGGUAUAAUUCUUAUUCACAAGUCAUCUCAGUCUGUCGUGGGUUCAUUUGAUAAGAUAAUAUCUGAUCUUCAGAGCAAGUUACUGUUGGCAGGGUUUUCAGAAACACAAAUUUUACAAUCAACUGGGAUAAAAGCUAAAAAGCCUUCAUGGAAAGUUGGUUCAUCUUUUGCCUUAAAGAAGGUGAUACAGAGUUCACCUAAAGUGCAAAUUGAUGUUGAUUCAGAUCUGAUAGAUGAAGACAGUCUUUUAACUGAAGAGGAUUUAAAGAAACCCCAGCUACCACCUGGUGAUUGUGAAAUUGGGAGUACAAGAAAAGCCUGCAAAAAUUGCACUUGUGGGAGGGCUGAAGAAGAGGAAAAAGUAUUGAAGUUAGGAUUGACAACAGAACAGAUUAAUAAUCCUCAGUCAGCUUGUGGCAGUUGUGGGCUGGGAGAUGCAUUCAGGUGCAGUACUUGCCCUUACAAGGGAUUGCCUCCGUUCAAAUUGGGCGAGAAGGUAGCACUGUCCGGUAACUUUCUGGCGGCAGACAUAUAA